AUGAAUCCCGAAACAUCUGGUUCGACGUCCGACACUCUGGCGACGGAUCUAGAGUCAAGACAUGAGGCCACCAGAACUGCACAAGAAAAAGUAGAAUCUGAUUCUAUUGUUGACUGGGAUGGGCCUGACGACCCGCAUAACCCACGUAACUGGUCAAGUAUCAAGAGACACGCUCAUGUGGUUUUUGUCAGUCUGUUCGCAUUAUACGGUAACCUAGCCGCAACUAUGUACGCACCAGGAGCAGCUCAACUGGUCAGAGAAUUCGGCAUUGAUAGUGAAGUCCUCGCUGCAUUCACUGUUACCAUCUAUCUCCUCGGCUUUGCAAUCGGUCCGCUAUUCAUCAGUCCGUUGUCAGAGGUUUAUGGGAGAAUGGUCAUCAUACAUAUAUGCAAUGUGAUCUUCAUUGCUUUCACGGUUGGGUGCGCUGUGAGCACGAGCACGGCAAUGUUCUUCGUGUUCCGUUUCAUGGCUGGGUGUGCAUGCUCUGCUCCGAUGACCAUUGGUGGCGCUGUCAUCGCGGAUGUCACGCCACCCGAAGAAAGGGGAAGGAGUAUGGCAAUAUGGGGAAUAGGCCCUUUGCUAGGCCCAGUUAUUGGGCCGAUAAUCGGUGGAUUUAUUGCGCAGCGGCUUUCUUGGAGGUGGACUUUUUGGGUUAUUAGUAUAUUGGCAAGCGUCGUUCUGCUUAUCGGGUUAAUAUGCAUGCGAGAGACAAAUUCUACCAUCUUGUUGCGUCGCAAGGCCGAAGCGCUGAGGAAAGAAACCGGAAACCUUGGUCUCUUCGCAAAGGCGGAUACCAGGGCAAGUCCAACACAAGUUCUUCGGAGAGCACUUGCCCGACCAACCCGAUUACUACUAUUUUCCCCUAUCGUCACUUUGCUGUCAAUAUAUUCCGCCAUUGUCGUCGGUCUCAUCUACCUACUAUUUACUACAUUUCCGAGCGUCUUUGAGUCGCAAUACGGUUUCAGUACGGAAACAUCUGGGUUAUCGUACCUUGGCGUGGGAAUAGGAAUGUUCAUUGGUAUAAUUGCAUUCGGUGUUCUGAACGACAAGGUUUAUACAAGGCUCAAGGGUGAGAAUGAUGGAGCACCAGAGAUGAGACUCCCCCUCAUGAUGGUGGUCUCCCCGUUUCUACCGGUGGGAUUUUUCUGGUAUGGGUGGAGCGCGCAGGCACAAGCCCAUUGGAUCGUGCCGAUCAUCGGAACAUCGCUCAUCGGCAUAGGCUCGCUAUUUGUCAUUAUGCCCUCUCAGAUCUACCUUGUCGACGCUUUUGGACCUGAGUCGGCCGCCUCUGCCCUGGCUGCGAACACGAUUGUCCGGGUGUCGGCCGGAGCAUUUCUUUCCCUGGCUGGCCCACCAAUGUAUUCCGCGCUUGGAUUCGGAUGGGGAAACUCUAUCCUUGGUUUCCUGUGUCUAGCCUGUGUCCCAUUGCCAUUCUUGUUUUACCGCUAUGUGUUACCCUGUUUCCUCAGUGACACACGGCCCUUGGUGAAGCACAGCGUGGCGCGGAACUUCGCCAUCAGCAGUUGGGAUCUGGACAAGAACGGCUUCAGUAGGCCCCAGCACCCGGCCAGCAUGGCCUUCGCGACUGACUGCGGGAGUAUCGGCUGCGAAAAGAGCGCCAAACUCUCCACCGAAGAAGAUAGACUCUGUUUCUUUAUCUCCAGGAAUUCUGACGGAUAA